AAAACAAUGCACGUAAACCUACAACGAAAUCAAGGUAGAAGGUGCAGAAAAUUUCGGCCGAAAACUGGUGUGACGGGAGGGCAUCCUGCAGUUAGCCGUCGAGGACAGCCUUUUCCAGUUUCACUGCUGGCUGAAGACAAUGGAGACAGAAAUUAAGCAGGAGGAAGACGAGACCACAUUUAGCAACACUGACACUAACGGCAAACGCCCCGCUGAGGACAUGGAUGAGGAACAGGCCUUUAAACGCUCUCGCAACACUGAUGAAAUGGUGGAGCUCAGGGUGCUUCUUCAAAGCAAAAAUGCGGGGGCUGUGAUUGGAAAAGGAGGAAAGAACAUUAAAGCCUUGCGCACAGAUUACAAUGCCAGUGUAUCAGUCCCAGACAGCAGUGGCCCAGAGCGCAUCCUGAGCGUGAGUGCAGAUAUAGAGACUAUUGGUGAGAUUCUGCUCAAGAUCAUCCCUACCCUGGAGGAGUAUCAGCACUAUAGCGGCACUGACUUUGACUGCGAGCUGCGUCUGCUGAUUCAUCAGAGUUUGGCCGGAGGCAUUAUUGGAGUCAAAGGUGCCAAGAUUAAGGAACUGAGGGAGAACACUCAGACUACCAUCAAGCUGUUCCAGGAGUGCUGCCCCCAUUCUACUGACCGCGUGGUGUUAGUGGGGGGUAAACCUCAGCGUGUGGUCGAAUGCAUCAAGGUUAUUCUGGAGCUGAUUUCUGAGGCUCCCAUUAAGGGUCGAGCCCAGCCCUAUGACCCAAACUUUUAUGAUGAGACCUAUGACUAUGGCGGCUUUACUAUGAUGUAUGAGGAGAGGGGUCGACGGCCUAUGGGGGGGUUCCCAAUGCGGGGCAGGGGAGGGUUCGAUCGCAUGCCACCCGGCCGGGGUGGUCGUCCCAUGCCUCCCUCCAGACGAGAUUAUGAUGACGUGAGCCCGCGCCGUGGACCACCUCCACCCCCACCAGGAAGAGGAGGACGUGGGGGUAGCAGGGCCCGAAAUCUGCCUCUACCCCCACCGCCACCCCCUAGAGGAGGAGGUGAUCGAUUUUCCCACCAGAGCUAUCACAGCAAUAUGGACGACAGACCAAACAGUGACCGAAGGGGGCGACCAGGAGACCGCUAUGAGAGCAUGAGUGGAGGUGGAUAUGACAAUAAUUCUUCCUGGGAGCCCUUCCAAUCUGGUAUGUCAGGUGGUCGAGGCUCUUACAGCGACAUCGGUGGUCCUGUCAUCACAACACAAGUGACCAUCCCCAAAGAUUUGGCCGGCUCCAUCAUUGGGAAAGGCGGGCAGAGGAUUAAGCAGAUCCGUCAUGAGUCGGGAGCAUCUAUCAAAAUCGAUGAGCCUCUAGAGGGCUCAGAGGACAGAAUCAUUACCAUCACAGGCACACAGGACCAGAUUCAGAACGCCCAGUAUCUACUACAGAACAGUGUGAAGCAGUACUCCGGUCGGUUCUUCUAGAGUGGAGAUUGAAGCCAAACUGCCAUACCCAUUUACUUCAGAGCCUACAUUCCUCUGCUUCUUGGGUAGAUGUGCUCCCUGACAUUUCUCCUAACACUUUUUUUAAAAAGAAAAAUUUGAGGGAAAGUUUUCUCAAAAGCAAGUGGAUCCUCUUAGUGUUUUCUUUCAGCACACUUUUCCAAGAUUGAUUGUAUUGUUUUUGUAAGUCGAGGGAGCCCAUCUGUAAUGUCCGCUGUUGGCCUUACCAGAGCCCUAUGCUUAGUCUGUGCAACAUGCAGAAUGUAAUAGUGUUUACUUUUUUUUUUAGAAUGAAUUUAUCAUCCCGUUUUUUUUUUUUGCUCUUACUGAUAAGGCUGUUUUGUUUAAUGUAAAUAUUCAGUUCAUCUCUAAAAGUUUCAAUAUCAGAACAAUUUUAUUUAAAGAAGAAACCUAUUUUGAGGGGAAAUGAGGGUGUUGAGGGUGAGAAAAUGAUUGAUUGCAAAGUUUUUUUUUAAUUGCUAGUUUUCUCAACCCGAUUUUCAAAUUGACAUAGCUUCAGGAGUUGGAUUGUCCGAGUGUACUCCAUCCAAAGUGGGAUCCGUUUAAUCUUGCUGGCGCUUGUUUUGUAUGUCUGUUUGUAAGCAUUUUUACCAUUUUAGAUGGAUCUUUCUAGACACCUUUCACUCCACAGUUGGAGGGAAAAUAAAAGCUUCUCUGUAAAAAAUUGUGGCAGGUCUCUUCCAUGUUCUCGUAACGUUUUCUCUGUCCCUCUGGUGUCUUUGUAGAAUGUGCUGCAAAUCUAAAAAUAAAGUCUGUGCCACCUUUUAGUAAA